AUGAGGCCACCUGCACCCCCACUGCCGCCUGUCGCGAGCUUGCUCCCCUCCAACAUCCCAGAGUGAGUCCUGCACAGAUUGGAACUCCUGUUGCAAGGUCAUCAGACUGACCAGUGCCUUUUUGUACUUUGCUCAUAGAGAUGCGCCGGAGCACUGUCCCGUGAGCCCACACCCGCUCGCGAAACGAACCCGUCGCUGCCUUUGCGAACCUUGUACUGAACUCAGCCCCUGCUUUCUCCUUCUCCUUUUCAUCAAACAGGGAACCGAAUCCGAACUAGCAGGUAAAGCCUCCGCCUGCGACGGAUGUGCGAACCAAGAACUGUGCGCGACCGCACCGAAAGGACCGGAUCCGGACAUCGCGGCGGUGAGGGCACGGAUGGCGCAGGUGAAGCACAAGAUCUUGGUCCUUUCGGGCAAAGGUGGGGUCGGGAAGAGUACGGUGUCGGGUAUGUUGGGGUGGGCUCUUUCGAGGGAUGAAGAGACACAGGUCAGUUGCGGUGGUCGGGAUCGGCCGAGAAGGGACGGUUCAGUCAGGUUGCUGACUUUGUUGCACAUCUUGGUACACGUUUCAGACGGGUCUGAUGGACAUCGACAUUUGUGGACCGUCCUUGCCGUUGAUGUUUGGUCUCUCUGGACAAAAGCUACAUUCGACCUCGUCCGGGAUUCUCCCCCUCCCCGUCUCGGAGAACCUCUCCGUCAUCUCGAUAGGAUUCCUCCUCCCCUCCUCUUCCAGCGCCGUCAUCUGGCGAGGUCCCAAAAAGAACGGCAUCAUCAAGCAAUUCCUCAAGGACGUCGACUGGGGGGAGCUCGACUACCUCGUCGUCGACACACCGCCAGGAACUUCGGACGAACACCUUUCGCUCGUUGGGUACCUCUCGGAGUCAGGCAUCGACGGCGCCGUCGUCGUCACCACACCUCAGGAAGUCGCUCUCCAAGACGUGCGCAAGGAACUGGACUUUUGUCGCAAACUCAACGUUCCCGUCCUCGGCGUCAUCGAAAACAUGUCCGGAUUCGUAUGUCCCGCAUGUGGAGGCGAAUCGGACAUCUUCAUUCCCUCGACCGGAGGAGCCGACGCGUUGGCCAAGGAAUGGGGGAUCGAGUUGUUGGGCAAGAUCCCGCUCGAUCCGAGGAUUGGCAAGAGUUGUGAUUUCGGGGUGUCGUUCUUGGACGAGUAUCCCGAGAGUCCGGCGAGUGUCGCUUAUGGGAGUGUUGUGGAUCGAAUCAAGGAGAAGUUGAAGGAGAGAAAGCAGGUGACAGCGGUGUGA